ACGGAUAUUUGCAACAAUCUUCAUCUAUGCAAUAAUAAUUCUUCAUUUCAGUGGCUUAGCAAGUUCGAGUGUGACUGACUGUUUGACAGUCACACAGUAUUUUAGACACAUAAUUGAAUUAGAGAGUGAUUGAGAAUGGUAAAUGACUAAGUGGAAUCAGUAGCAACCACACAUUCACAAAAUUAACCUAUACUUUCUCCGAUUAAUUCUAUUCCUUAUUCUUUCUCUCUGUCUUCUAAAUUUCGCUUUGUAAAAUGGCAUUCCCAAUUCCACAGCUUAUCCAUUCCCCAACCUCACCUUUGUUAAAUCUUACUCCACUCUCCUUAAACCCUAAAAUCUUUCAAUCCUCUACACCUACUCCAUCUCCGCCGCAUCUGAAUGUUCUCCACCACUCUCGCCGCCGUAACUCUACUUCUCUUCUCCGUUGCUCGGCGUCGUCUUUCCCAGAGAAACACCACACCAACUCUCCCAACUCUGACGACGUAACUGAACUCCCUCUGUUUCCUCUUCCUCUUGUUCUCUUCCCCGGCGCAAUCCUCCCUCUCCAGAUCUUCGAGUUUCGCUACCGCGUCAUGAUGCACACACUCCUCCAAACCGAUCUCCGAUUCGGCGUCAUCUACAACGACGCCGUUACCGGAUUAUCUGAAGUCGGUUGCGUCGGAGAAGUAAUCAAACACGAAAGACUCGUCGAUGAUCGAUUCUUCUUGAUCUGCAAAGGUCAAGAACGUUUCCGCAUCACGAAAGUGGUUCGCACGAAACCCUAUCUCGUUGCUCGUGUGGCGUGGCUUGAAGAUAGACCUUCUCCUUCUGCUGACGUGGAUGUUGACGGUUUGGCGAACGAGGUGGAGACGUAUAUGAAAGACGUGAUUCGGUUAUCGAAUCGAUUAGGCGGAAAAGCAGAGAAAGAAGUUGGUGAUUUGAGAAGGAACUUAUUCCCAACGCCUUUUUCGUUUUUUGUUGGAAGCACUUUUGAAGGUGCACCUAGAGAGCAACAAGCUUUGCUGGAAUUGGAAGAUACUGGUGCAAGAUUGAUGAGGGAAAAGGAAACUUUGAAAAAUACGCUUAAUUAUCUAUCUGCUGCUUCUGCCGUUAAAGAUGUUUUUCCAUCUUCAUCUUCUCCUUCCUCACCAUCAUCAUGAUCAAUUCAAUAGAGAUGCAAAGAGUUUAGUUCAAAUACAUGAAAGGUAUUGUUUGCAUCGAUAAUAGGGAAAAACUUGUAAAUUCUCCUAAGUAUAAUUUUUCAUAUGCCUAAUCAUCUCGUCUGGUUAUUAAUUUUGGAAUAUGCAUUUUAUUUCAUAUACAAUACAACAAUUAUUUUUCUUGAUAGUAUGCGUUGCUUUUACAAAAUC